UUGUUCUAGACUUCAUUGCUCCAGUGGAUCUCCACGAAGGAAGGCAAGUUGUCAUCCGAGAGCCUUUACGAACAUGAAAGCUGUCAUCAUAACUUGCCUGCUCGCGGCUGCUUUGGUGGCAAAUGCCAAGGAUGAGACGGGUCCGAGCGAAAUUAACCUGGUCCGUACCAAGAGAGAGGCUUCUCCCAUGAUGACUGAGACGGAAUACAGUGAGGCUGGCGGUGCAGACCUUAUUAUUCAGGUGAAGCAGAUGGUAAAUAGUGGUUCAUCCUGUUGCUGUGGAGGCGGUUGCUGUGGUCAUUGUUGCCGUCGUAAUGGGCAUGAUUGUACCAAUGUCACUGAGGAUACUGAAGACCAACCCACUGAAUUUCCUCCUACAUAAAAAAUUAUAUGGAAAGGAACAAAAAUUUCCAGAACAAACUUCAUUCUUAGAUACCCGAAAUAAUGUCAGUUUGUUAGAGGGCUCUUCUGUGCUGCACGGAUAUAAAUAAAUGUACUGCAUAUGUUCUGGAAUUAUAUGACAGAAAAACAUUAUAUGGAACAUGAACAAUUUGGCUUAAAUAAACUUUUG